AUGAUCUCUUCAGUUCUAUUGGGUCGCUUGACCCCAGAGGAGACAAAUGCGUUCGACCGGCCGCAAUGCCUUCCUGGUACACGAACUGCCGCGCUUUCCGCAAUCCUGGAAUGGACAUUAUCGGAUACAGACCAGAACACGUUCUGGCUAUAUGGUGUUGCAGGAUCCGGGAAGAGCACGGUUAGCACGACUAUUGCCGGACACUUCCGUGGUAUUGCUCGCCUUGCCGCCUUUCUGUUUUUCCAGCGCGAAAGGAGUGAUCCCGGUGCCGUUAUUCGGACCCUUGCUUACAAGCUUGCCUCAUUUGAUGCCUCGUUGGCGAAAUACAUCAUCGAAGCAAUAGAAGAAGACAACGACAUUGCUCUAGCUCCAGCAGAGAUCCAAUUCGAGAAACUUCUUCGUGAUCCACUUAUGGCUGCCAAAGAUGAUAUGAAGGGGCUCAUGGUUAUUGUACUCGAUGCAUUGGAUGAAUGCGGUACAGAGAAAACACGACGGACCCUAGUGGAGACCUUUCGGAAAGGACUUCCGGAGCUUCCAAAGAAUUUUAGGUUCCUCAUCACAAGCAGGAAAGAACCGGACAUCGACCAAGCCUUCUCUUUGCGACCCGAUCGCGUUUGUGCUUUUGAACUGGAAUACGAUUCGGAAAGCUGUAGGAAUGAUGUGCUUUGCUAUCUCGAUCAUGCGUUGCGUAAGGUGUUUACGAUUAGGACGUUGCCAAUUCCAGAUGACUGGCAACUAAAGAUGAGCCGUCUUGCUACAGCGGCAGCGGGACUUUUCAUCUGGGCAUCAACAGCAGUGAAGUUGGUGGAUUGCGACAAUCCAGCCCCCAAACUAACAAAUUUGGUAUAUCAAUCGCAGCGUCUCUCUGGCCUCGGAAAACUUUACAACUCAAUUCUUAUAAGCUCAGGCGUUUCCUUCGAGGAUGAAUCAUCUAAGGUUCGCUUCGCACAAGUCUUCGGCCUCAUCCUUCUCAGUAGGAUCCCGCUCUCCGAUAAUACGAUCGACGAGCUUCUGGGAUUUUCGAGUGACGAACCGUCGAGGCUGAUCCUAUCGCGUUUACAAUCUGUACUUGUAUUUACUCGAGGAGCACCCGUCCGCUUCUGCCAUGCAUCAUUCCGCGAUUAUUUAUUAUCACCAGAGCGCAAGAGCGAUCCGUGGCUGAUAGAUUUCGAGUCUCAAAAGAUGUUCAUCGCCUCCCGAUGCUUCGAAGUUUUGAGGGGCGGGCUCCGCUUCAACAUAUGUGGCUUACAGUCAUCAUAUAUUCCUAACGAUCAGAUUCCGGGUCUUCCGGAUCGUAUCACGGCGAAUAUUCCUCCGCACUUGGAGUACGCUUGCCUCUUCUGGACUGAACACCUACGCGACGCUGCAUUUUCACCUGAGUUACUGAACGAGCUGAAGGGUUUCCUCUAUAAUCGUUUGCUUUAUUGGCUUGAGGUGAUGUGCUUCCAGAGAAAAGCUAGUCCAACACUUACUCAUGCUAUGACCUGGCUCUCGUCACACGAUGCUGAUACCCUGGUGUUCCUAAAGGAUGCACGCAGAAUAAUUACACAAUAUUUAUCGCUCAUUUCGGAAUUUACAACACAUAUCUAUGUUUCUAUUCUCCCGCUAGAAUCAAAAGAUUCACGAGUCAUGUCUCACUACUGGAAGCAGACUUUUCCUCUUGUGCAAGUAGAUCGAAGAGGCAUCAAACAACACUCGCCACUUUUAAAAAAGCUCACGGGACAUGUAAGAGAUGUCAAAUCCGUUGCAUUCUCUUCUGAUGGCACCCGCGUUGCCUCCGGCUCCGACGAUUACACAAUCCGAGUUUGGGAUGCCGAAAGUGGGCGGGUCAGCUCUGAACCUCUUGAAGGACACACAGAUCGGGUCCUGUCUGUUGCCUUCUCGUCUGAUUGUGCACGAAUCGUCUCUGGAUCUGCUGACAAGACUGUCAGAAUCUGGGAUGUCAAGAGCGGACAGAUCGUAUCUGGGCCUUUACAGGGGCAUUUAGGCUGGGUCUGGUCCGUUGCAUUCUCGCCGGAUGGGGCACACGUUGUCUCCGGCUCUAGAGACAAUACUAUCAGGAUCUGGGACGUUGAAAGCGGCAGAGACGUACACGAGCCCCUUAAAGGGCACACGGAUACAGUCCGAUCCGUCACGUUCUCGCCGGACGGCAAACAUAUCGCUUCUGGCUCUGAUGACUACACAAUCAUAGUCUGGGACAUUAAGACUCGACGAGCCAUCUCGCAGCCCUUUGAAGGGCACAAGGGUGGCGUCAAUUCAGUUAGCUUCUCGCCUUGCGGGAAAUGCAUUGCAUCUGGCUCUGAUGAUGAAACCAUUGUGAUAUGGAGUAUUGACAGUGGAAAACCUACUCUUGAGCCGUUUCGAGGGCAUUCACAGAGGGUAUGGUCUGUUGUUUUCUCUUCAGAUGGAACACGUAUUGUCUCUGGUUCUAAUGACAGAACAAUUCGAAUUUGGGAUGCCGAAACUGGAUGUGUCGUAUCCGAGAUCCUUGAAAUGCACACACCGAUUAUACGAUCUGUUGCAUUUUCUCCUGACGGAACCCGCGUUGUCUCAGGCUCUGAUGACGACAUGGUCCGAAUUUGGGACUCUGAAAGUGAACAGGCUGUUUCUGGACAGUUCGAGGGACAUACAGAUGAUGUGAACUCCGUCACCUUCUCACCCGAUGGGAGGUGCAUCGCAUCCGGCUCUAGCGAUAACACGAUCCGAAUUUGGGACGCUGUAAACGGACGUCCUGUUUCUGGACCUUUCGAAGGGCACUCGUCGAGAGUUUGGUCUGUUGUCUUUUCGCCGGACGGAAGGCGUAUCGCGUCUUGCUCUAGUGAUCGUACGAUACGAAUAUGGGACACUGAAAGUGGGCAAGCCAUCAGUGCACCUUUUGAAGGGCAUGAAGAUACAGUCUGGUCCGUCUCCUUCUCUCCGGACGGGGAAAGCGUUGUAUCCGGCUCUGACGAUAAAACACUUCGUAUCUGGGAUAUUGAGAGCGGUCGGACUGUCUCUGGCCCAUUUAAGGAACAUACCCAGAGUGUCAACUCCGUCGCUUUCUCACCUGACGGGAGGUGCGUUGCCUCAGGCUCGUACGACAGAACAAUUAUACUUUGGGACGUCGGGAGUGGGGGGAUCAUUUCUGGGCCGUUAGAGAAGCACACGGGCUGGGUUUGUUCAGUUGCUUUCUCGCCCGAUGGGGCACGCAUUGCAUCCGGUUCUGGUGAUAAAACAAUCAUAAUCUGGGAUGUCAAGACUGGGCAGCCCAUAGCUGGGCCUUUCGAAGGACAUACUAAUCUCGUCAGGUCAGUUGCUUUCAGCCCUGAUGGUGCUCUUGUUGUCUCCGGCUCCGAGGAUAGUACGUUACUAGUCUGGGACGUUGAGAGCGGACGUGCGAUUUUUGCGCCUUUUGGCAAUCAUAUGGACUUGGUCCGCUCUGUCGCUGUUUCACCUGACGGAUGUCGUGUUGUCUCUGGCUCUAGAGAUCGUACAAUCAAAGUGUGGAAUAUAGAGAGUGAGAAAAUAUCUUCAAUAUAA